AUGACAUCCUCGACUUCAUGGUUCACGACCUUCCACGUCUUGUUGAAUACCCCCAUGGUUCCGCCUGAGCAGAAGGAGGAGACGAUGGACGUCCCACUGCAGGACUUCUCUUCACACUCGCCGCGGUCGAGUACAGACAGUGCCGAUAGCGUUGAAAGCAUCGACUUCAUCGACUCCCCUGGAGCCCUUUCAUACAGCCGGAGCCCGAGGAUGCCUCCACAGUGA